CGCUCGUCGCGCCGAGGGGCGCUGAUUAGCCUUAUCGGGACACGUGCGAUGGAGGAUCAUCUGUGACAGCUUGUGACGGUAGCGUCACUCCUUUCGCAGCGACGCAGCUGCUGCUGCGCGCAUGCGCAUCCUCGUCCUAUUGCAUUGAACGCAUGCCCCAGUCAAGAGACCGCAUCUCCCGGAUAUCAACCUCUCGCACGGCGUCAAUCCAAAACUUUGGCGUAUACCAAGCCCCGACUCUGACUCUUCCCACCAGCUGAGGGUGGAGCGUGAUACAAUCAGCUGUCCGUCUCGCAGGCGUGUCUCAUCCCAGCGUGGGCAGUUUCCUCCUUCCGGCUCCCCGGCGUCCACAAACGCCAUGUUUCCCCGCACGCGCUGUGUGCUCUCGCGCACCUGCACCGGCCUUCUCGCCCACACGACCAGCUGGGGAUACCCCGGAUCCGGCACAGCUUGUGCGCCGAGCCGGCUCGCCAUCUUGCAUCGCAUCGUUCCGGGCCUGUGCGCUACGCCCACAAAGAACGUGUUCGCGCACAGGCAUCCCUGAUCGAUGGGGAUCAGCUGACGGGCAGUGCCAUGCUAUUGUGUGGUUAUUUUGGUGCGGUGGGACAAAAAUGGCUGGUCCACCGUGCGUGCCAGAUCAAGCGCUUGUCUCGAACGAAACUCGCGCGUCAACGCCGAUCCAAGCACGCUGCUCGGCGUCCUCGGCUGUCGUGAUAAGCAGAUCGAAGGGUUUAGGCUUUCGCAGCUCUCGAGACAAACGGGACAUUGAUCGCCCCGGUCAUUGCCGGCUCGAAAACCGUCCAGGCAACGGCUGUUCCCCGGAAGCCAGGGUCUGCAGAUCCUCAUCGCGACUGGUUGCAUUCUUCAAGCGCAGCCCGCGAGACCUUCCCAAUCGCAGCCCACCGCCGUCUCCCUGCAUCCAGGCAGGGCGCGUGACCCGCCACCAAGCUUCCUUGGCGCCUAGUGCUGCGGCGAUAUCACCCUGCCUGUGCGUGCACUUGCCAGGGCUGAUUUGGUCGGUCCUCCUUCGAUAAGCUCCGCUGACUCGGAGCUCACGCCACUGAUGGCGAGCCACCGCCCAGCGCGUUCGUUCCUUCAAAGCUCCCAGUGGCUCGGCGAAACCUGUCAUUGCACCUCUGCACGGCGUCUGUUGCUGCUCGUGCGGGGUUCUCGUGAUCUCGAGGCCUGGGAACGUCAGUGCGUGUCCGGGUGUACUGCGGUGUUGAUCCGUGCGGACGCGUUGUUGCCGGCAAUUUCUCGUCUGAAUCACUUGCGGGAUGCGAGAUCGCGGGUGUGAAUCGUGCGCAGAGAUGCGUGUAUGCUCGCUCGCUGCUUUUCCAGUCUAAAUAUGUACAGUGCUAUUUCCAUCCUCUGCGCAGCGUGAUCGCCCCUCGAUUUGGGUUGGUCUCACGCUGAUGGGACGUUCCGCGACCCGGGCAUCUGUGUUGCCUCUGGAUCCAGAAGCCCAAAAGCUACCUCGCUCGCUCCCCGGUUCAACUGCAUUGCAAACCAGCAAAGCGCAGAUCCUGACGUCGUCACCUACCCAGUCGCAAGCCAUGACGUCAAUCCGGUGCAACUGGUUUGAUACCGCUUGUACCGGGCCGGACUCCGCUCUUGGCACUUGUCCGGAACUAAACACGGGCACGUGCCACGAGGUCGAAUUACUCAUCACUCUUGAAAAUGCAUUGUGACAUGCUCCGCCCUUGGCGCUUAUCCGGAACUAAACACGGCACGUGCCAGAAACCAAGUUUCUCUUGACCUGCAAGCGCCAUGCAGUUCGUAGUUGAUUUGUCGUCAAAUUUAUAAUUACUCAUCAUUCGCGGAAACGCACCGCGCUUUCGGAUUCGAGGGCAGGCAGUGAGUUCGGACAUUUCGCAGCCCUGUAUCCUGAUCUAUGUGAAGAUGUGAAUGAAUCAAUUAAUUGCCCUAGCCCAAUUCUAACAGUAUUCCCGCUAAUUUAUCGUCAUGCUCUCUUCUUGCCCCCAUUGCGCUUCCACAAUCCGGGCCAGUCGUGUGCGCCCCCUGAAGACUAUCAUGUCAUCAUUAUUUGUCGGCACCGGAUCACAACACAGCGACCAGUGAGUUCCUUGCUAAAUUUAAAGCGGGACAAGUUG